CAGCAACAGAGGCUCUUUGGUUAUUUCAUCCCCAGUAAGCCCAACUAGCAACUCUUUUCUACUAGCAGAGAAUAGCAUAAAUGAGAUCUCCACAUCUCUCCUUGCCCCAAAUGAAGAAACAGAAACUAUUUCAGCCACCAAGGUGGCAUCCACAACUGUAUAUGAUGAAGAAGCAAAAGAAGAGGUCAAAGGAUUGCCAAAUGAGGCUGGCCAGGGUGCCGAGUCAGGCUCUCAGGCUGCUAGUGGAACAGAAGGCAAAUGCCAAGAGACCCAACUGGAAGAGCUUGAGGCUGCUUCCGGCAGGACCCUUGAGGCAGUGGCAAAGAACCUUGCAGCUGAGAUUUUAUCACAGGCAAUGGUUGAAGCUGCUGACAAGAGGCAGAGCCUUUCUACAGAUUCCAAAGAUCCUGAACAACAGCCCUUCUUGGAGAAAAACAUUGAAGCCAAUGAUACACCUGGAACAGGGGAUGGUUCCUCACCCCAGGCAAAGGAUGAAAUUCCAACUCUACUGAAACCCGAUCUUGAGCUUGCCAAAGAGAUCCAGGGUGAGAUACAGAUUGAGAAAGCGAAUGGUCGGAACCACAAAGGGCCACCUGAGGAGAGUUCUUCUUGCCCUGAAGAUGAUCCCCAAGGUCUUCCCUCUUCAACCAAAGAGGAAGGAGACUCAGAAGAAGUCCCAUCUGCAACUGAUGAAUCUGCUCCACCCAAUACUGAGACAGAUGAAAUUAGCCACAGCUGCAGAGAUGUAGAAGAUGAUAACAGUAGCAGUGAAGGAAGCAUGGAAGAAAUUGAGAUUUCCCCCAAGGGUACCAAUUCUCAGAUCAUUGCUAGUUUUUUCCCAGAAGCUAAAGAAGAAAAUGAGAACAAGCUACCCUUGGGAUUCCUAUUCAAGGCUCAAGCAACUCAAGCUCAUGCUUCAGAAGAUGACAAUCACCUUCAGUUUGGAGAAGGAGAUAUCAUACUUGUGAUAUCAGACAUUCAAGCAGAGGAAAAAGGAUUUUGGAUGGGAGUAAAAGAAAGUGACUGGAAGGAAAAUCAAGAUAUGCUGCAGAAAGGCAUUUUCCCCCAGGACCUCAUCAGAGAGGUCCCUCUGAAAUAAGCUCAAAAGCAACAGAAGGAAGGAAGGAAGGAAGGAAGGAAGGAAGGAAGGAAGGAAGGAAGGAAGGAAGCCACAUUUUCCAAAAUCUAGUUUUCUAUAAUUAUUAAAUCAUUUUUUUCCUCCAGUCCAUCUGCCUCACAUCAGUAUAAUACCAUGCAGGUGGCAAUAUUUAUAUUAUAUGUGAAUUGAAUAAUAUGAGUUCUAUCUAUUAUAAGUCAGAAACUGGCAAUCUUUGAAAGAAAUUUGUCCUUCUGAGGCCUCUGCCUCAGAAGUACUUUUCUAAAAUGGAACAUCACCAUAAACAGUGCUAUUAUAGAAUAGCUGAUAGCCUACUUAUACAGUUGUGAUUUCUGGACCAUUUACUCACACUGACUCCUCAAGGAAGUCCUCCAUUUAAGCUAGUUGCAAUUUCGUUGCAUUCAUUUACUGGAAAAACUAAUACAAUUAAUAAUUGCAGUUCAAUGAUGCUUUUCUAGAAUAAGUUAAAUGAUUACUUGGAGAAUGGAAAAAGUAAGAAAGAGGAUUAAUUUCUAUUCUGUAAGAAUGAGAAACUUAAGGAAAAUUUACAUGAUGAGAUGAUCACUUUGGAUAGGGAUUUCACACAUUAAAGUUCAUAUAUAAAACAUAUUGCACAGAGAAAAUAUAUACUGUAUAUAAGGGGGAAAAAACUCCUUCCCCAGCAUGUAAUGAGACUUUUCUCCCAUUUAUGGGGAACCAUUUAAUUAUGCCGUUUAUCUGUUUGUGUUUGAAGCAGUUUGUUAUGGAAAAAUCUUACUGCUUUUUUAAUUUUGUUUUUUGUAUAUAUGAAUCAUUAAUCAGGAACUGGCAUUAUGGAAUAUAAUAGAGGAUAUUUAUAAAAUCCUUUUGAAUCCUGGAAUUGCCUUCCAUGCUCAACUGCUUCUGAAUUCUUCCCUGUUUUCCCAAGAUCAUCCAUUUUGUAAUGUUGUCAAACAUAUUGUAUUCUGUUUUCUCUUAUUUUAGACUAGUGGCCCCCAACCUUUUGGGCACCAGGGACUGGUUCUAUGGAGAGAUGUUUUUCUGUGGACGGUGUGUGUGUGUGUCUGUGUGUGUGUGUGUCUGUGUCUGUGUGUGGUUUCGCGUGUUGUCUGCAGCCCACAGAUGGGGCUUUGCUUGUUUGCGUAGCCCGUUUUUUGGCAUGCCAUGGCCUGGUGCCAGUCCACGGACUGG